CGUCGUCGUUUAGAUUCGUCGACUGUCCGCCGAGGGGCAGGCCCGCAACGAUGCCGGUCAGCGCCGUGCUUCUCUCGGUAUCUUUCCUGUUCAACGCGAUCUCCGGCGAUACAGAAGUGCCGCCCAACAACGCACUCAUCGAUAAGGUACACGCCUACCCCGACUACGAAACAUACCAGGACGUUUACAGAUGCAUUCCGUUCAACGAAAGAUGGUUCGUGGUGUACCGGAACAAGCACGAAAAGGACGAGAUCUUCGAUCCUUCUGAUGACGGCAUGUGUGCACACAUGAUGACUGACAUGCAGUUCGUCGACGACAGAAUUAACGUCAGCAUCGCGGACACUAAUGGCCGAAAGAACUUCGUUUUUGAGUUGCAGACAUACGAAGGACGCUCAACGGCCACUGGUUUCAAGGUAACUCCUGCCGAAGACCCAAAUGCGGAGCACGGGUUGACGCUGAGGGCCCUCUACGCUGACUGCAUGCACUGUAUCAUAUUCAACCUCGAAUACAUGGACAUGUACGCCUGCAACAUGUUGGUCCCAGAUUCGGAUGCGAGGGCUUCGAGAAUCGCUGGCCACUGCGAGCACAUAUACAACAUGCUAUGCGGCACAGACAAGAAAUGGAUCUACGAGUGCUGCGAAAAGAAAAGCUUCAUGUACCAGUUCAUGUGAAGCCACGGACGAAGCAU